CCUUUCUGCCUGGUGGAUCAAGGCCUCCCAACGUACCCCCCCCCCCCUACAUCGAUCCCUUCCUCCCCGUGUUCAAAGCUGCGGAAGAGUCCGUCUGGGACACAUCAGCCCGUGACCCGAACCUGAUCGCCUACCAACCGUUCACCCGUUCACCUGUCCAUCCGGCCGGCCGGUCCCCUUCUCUCAGGAUCAGCAAGCUCUGCUGCACCGUUCGAUCCACAGACUGAACUCCAUGGACCGAUCAUCAUGAGACUCCUCUCCGUCCCCGUGUCGGCGCUCCUCCCGUCCUGGCCCCGCCCUCUGCUCCAUCGCUGCUGCCUGGCAGCCCUCCCGACCAAUGGCAGACGCCUGGGCACAGAAGGCCCCGCCCCCCAGCCCGUGAUUGGCCAGGACUCUGUGGAGGUGUUGGGCCACUCCUACCCCCGCGACGACUUCACCAACGUCACGGUGAAGGUCCUGGACAAAGUCGGCCGUAACCUCCACAACCAAUCGCAUCACCCGCUGUGGCUGAUCAAGGAGCGCAUCAAAGCGCACUUCUACAGAUCUGACACAGUGCCAGGAGUUCCUAAAAGAGCUAAACCUGCCUCUUCUUGA